UAAGCAGUCACGAGGGCAAUGCAAGGGUAGUGCACCAGUGCCACACUGCAAUCAGUGCACCAGUGCACCAGUCGCCUCGAUCGCCCAGUAACGAGUAUAAAUUAGCUCACGCAUUGCCGCUUCACUUCUGUCAAAACAUGUGAAGUAAUUCAGCCCCGAUUUCGAAAGCCUCCACUCUUCUCAGCAACACUAUCCUUUCUCUUCUUGCAACACAGCUCUAAAGCAACAAAGCAACCAUCCGUCCCUGGACCGCGUGCUGACAUCUCCGCCCACGUCUCCACCUUUCGGACUCGUUGCCACUUUGUAAGAAACGUUCAACUCCCGACAUGAAGUCGACUGCUGCAGUCGUCGCACUUUGUGCUCUCCUGUGCCUUGCCACAGUCUCUGCCCAAGACAGCAACCCCACCAAGGGAGUUAUCUUCACGGGCGUUGAUGGCAGCACGUACUCGAUGGACAUCACCAGCUUCACCAACACGCCUGGACUGACGGCGAAUGGCAUGUGCACGGGGAAAGACGCGGCCGGAACUGUCAUCCCCUCAACGGCCUGCUCCUCUCCGGUCAAUUCCAUCAACGGCGAGGACCCCCCCACCGGCGGCCGCAAGCUGAUGCAGAACACGGCUGCUGGCUGCGGCAUCCUCAACCUGGUCCUUGGCCCUCUGAACCUCAACCUCCUGGGCCUGCUUGUUCAGAUCCCCAAUGCGGUGACCGUGGUCAUCACCGCCGUGCCGGGGGGAGGUGCACUGCUGGGCAACCUGCUGUGCGCUGUCACAAAUCUGUUGAACGGGACUGGUCCUGUUGCUCGAAAUGCUGGGACUACUCUGCUGCCCUUGGGUGGUGGGUUGCCGCCAGCAACCGAGACGUAG